AUGUCAGUUUCAAGCAGACAUUCCCAUUUCUUUACGCAUGUCUAACAUAUACUUAUCAAUUUUAUUAAUUGACAUACAUGCACCACGCAAAUAUCUCAAUAACAAUUCUUAUUUAGAGCAUUGUAAGCACGGACCUCCCAACACAUUGCGAGAAUUGAACAGCUGCCAUAUUCAUUUGCCAGUUGAUGCUUGCCAAAAUUAUUGCAAUGGGAGCGACUAUAAAAACGAAGCAGUACACAAACUGGGCGCACAGUCGACAGGAUUUGCAAUGGAGUCAUCAUUGUUUAGGCUAAUAAAGCCAGCGCCACUAACUGAACCAGUUAGUUCUCGGAUUGGUUGCAUCUACAUGUAUCGGGCCAUGUGGCUAAUGGGCUGGCUGCCACCAAAAGAUGGUCUAAUACGCUAUUUGUACAACUGCUGGACCUUUGUUACGUUCGGCUUUGGAACUGUCUAUCUGUCCGCAGGAUUUGCCAUGAGCUAUGUGCUGGAGUUCAACAACUUUACGCCCGAUGAGUUUCUCACCUCAUUGCAGGUGGCCCUCAAUGUGUUCGGCACCGCAGUAAAGGCCACUAUAUUGUACCGUAAUCUGUGGCGUCUCACCAAGACAGAGGACAUUAUGGAUGGCCUGGACAAGCGGGCGCGUAGCGACAGUGAUCGCCACAAGAUGCACAUUAUAGUGGCCCGCAGCAAUUUGGUCUUUCUGAUCUUCACCAUAGUAUACUGUGUCUAUGUGGGCUCCACAUUUCUCUCCUAUGUGUUUAGCGGCAGGCCGCCAUGGUCAGUGUACAAUCCGUUUCUUGACUGGCACAAGAGCACGCGUAAUUUGUGGAUACAAGCGAUCUUUGAGUAUAUCAUAAUGUCCUUUGCGGUAAUGACAGAUCAAUUGGCCGACACAUAUCUGCUUGUAUUUCUCAUUAUAAUACGCGGGCACUUCGAUGUGUUAAAGGAUCAUGUGCGCAAUCUACGCAUGGAUCCCGACAUGUCAGAGCAGGAUAACUAUGAGGAGAUAGUCAAUUGCAUCAAGGAUCACAAGAAGAUUAAGGAAUGCUGCAAUAUGCUGCGUCCAGUAAUAUCGGGCACAAUAUUUGUGCAGUUUGGACUCAUUGGCUCCGUCUUGGGUCUGACCCUGAUCAACGUAUUCUUUUUCUCCAAUUUAUGGCGUGGCCUGGCCUCGUUCAUGUUUGUCGUGGCGGUACUCAUGGAGACGUUUCCCUUCUGCUAUACCUGCAAUUGGCUGCUAGACGACUGCGAUGACUUGUCAAACGCGCUUUUUCAAUCUAAAUGGAUUGAUGCAGAGCUUCGUUAUAAAUCCACACUGACUCACUUCAUGCACCAAGCUCAGCAGCCCAUUUUGUUUAUGGCGGGUGGCAUUAUUCCCAUCACAAUGAACAGCAAUAUCAGCGUGGCCAAGUUUGCAUUCAGCAUUAUUACUAUAGUGCGUGAAAUGAAUCUUGCUGAACAGUUCAAAUAAGUAUCAUCAAAUCUCUGGAUGAGCUUAUCAAAUUUGUAGUUAAAAUAUGCACGGGUUACAUGUAGAAAAAAAUGAUAUAUUACAAAGAAUUAUAUUCACAAAAAAGAUAAUUGAAAAAUAAGGUCAAAUUCAUUUUGGAUAACCGUUAAAAUGUUCUCCAAAUAUUGAAUACAUUUUUGAAAAAAUUGCCGAAAAAUUUGCACCAUUAACAGAAUUACUCCACAACUAAUAAAAACUGCUCCACAGU